AUGCCCGUCCCCGGCGGGAGCGGUGCGCACUCGCGCGGCGCGUCCCCCGCCCCGCCGCCGCCCUACGGCGCCCCCGCGCAGCAGCCCCCCGCCUCCGGCUUCCGCGUCCCACUCGCGGACACCACGCCGUUCCCGGGCGCGCAGGCGGGCCAGCCGGUCGCGUACGACGAGGCGCAGCCGGUGUUCGUCGGCAGCGCGAUCUUCGAGCGCGCGGUGCACCCGUGCAAGAUCGUGCCGGCGUUCAGCCCGCCGCCGCGCGUUGCGUACGGCGGCGCGGAGCACGAGCACCGCGGGCGGUACGACCUCCUGCCGUUCGACCCGGCGACGAUGGAGUGGGUCCCGGCGGCGAACGGGCAGAUCCCGUCGGGGCGGCGCCCGAUCGAGGGCGGGUACGAGGAGAAUGGGGAGAAGCUGUACCAUGCGCUCGCGAGCGUGAAUGGGACGAUGGUGCCGGGCAAGACGGGCACCCAUCUGGGUGCGGCCAACGUCCCGUGGGGCGGCCAAGAGCACUGCAUCAGGCAGUACCAGAUUCUGUAA